UAUUUUGUGUCCGUGGCAGAAGACUUUGGUCUCAGUUACGUUGUUUAGCUUAGCGGUAAUGAAAUCUGUUAAAUGAAGCGACAAUGUUUUUGCUUGGAGUUUUUUUCAGCUUGUUUUACUCCACAACGAGUAUGAACUGCGGCUAAUGUUAGCCUGACCAGCUUUUAUUUCAGCAGGGCAGAGCGCGUUUGUUGUUGUUUCCUUGCACUUUACCGUGUUUCUAUUGAUCAUAAGAGAGACUUGAACUCAUUUCUGAUAUGAAUUAUAACGCACGAGUCUCUGUAAUCAAAACUGUUAAAAAAAACAACAACACACACAAAAAAAACACGCAAUCAUUGAGCUUAGAAAGGGAAACCGGUAAAAGUGCCACUUUUGUAAAAAUAAAGUGCUAACUAUCUAUGUCGUACUGGGCGUUUGCAGCAUUUCUCAAAAUGCUUUUUAACGAUUCCCUGUUCUGCUGGAAACUAUGGAGCUCAUUUUAAUUCGCCAUGCGAUUAAUUGAUUUAUUGCUUAUUGUGACAGGCAUACUGUUGCCUCCAGUUAAUGCACUUUUUGACCAUAGAGGUUUGACAAAUUUACAAACCAGAAAGAUCAUAUAUUAAUCUUUAAACUCUAAAACUUUUUUAAAAAAGCAAAACAGUUGAUAUGCAGCAACCGUAUGCUAUUAUACACGGUUAUGGGAACAAAAAUACGUAAAUAAUGUGUUACCUUUAAAUUCCAGGACAUACUGAGUCAUCCAUCCAUUUUCUAACACCCUUGUUCCUAUCGGGGUCCAGAGGCGGUGUUCACCCUGGACAGGUCGCCGGUCUGUGGCAGAUACUGAGUAAUCAGAUCCUUAAAAGCGUCUCAGGCUCUUUAACAAACUCGGUGUGGAAUGGAGUUUCCAGAAGAUUUCAACCAGCUUGAGCUGCUCGACACCCACGGACACCUGAUCCCCAGAGGGCCCACGAGUUCCUGGACCGCGAGCAAGGACGAAGAGGAAGAGGUGGACGAGGAGACGCACAGCGAGGAGUGGUAUCAAGAAAAGGAGGACGCACUCAAAGAAAACCCAAAGGAGCUCGUUCUCUGGGCAGCAGAGAAUAACCGCCUCACCACCGUCCUCCGUUUGUUAGCUGCUGAUCCUCUGCUGGUGCACUGCUGCGACGAGGACGGCUACACCCCCCUGCACCGUGCGGCGUACAGCGGCCAUAUUGAAGUCGUGAAGACUCUUCUGGCCGCCGGCUCCGUGGUAAAUCACCGUACGGUCGACGGCUGGACGCCCCUGCACAGCGCCUGCCGAUGGAGCCACGUCGCCGUGGCGAGUUGUCUCCUGCAACACGGUGCCCAGCUUAACGCCCAGACCAACGGUGGCCUCACACCGCUGCACCUGGCCGCCUCCCACUCCAACUCCUCCAAACCGAACACGGCACACAUUUUAGAGUUCCUCCUCUCCAAAAGGAACCUGAAACCGGCGCUCCGCAGCAGCAGCGGGGAAACGGCCGGCGACGUAGCCCGACGUAGCGGCCCGUAUUACGUUUUGUUUGAGAUGGUAGAGGACUGCGUUAACGCGGUCCCGUCUGUUACAGCGUCUUAAUCUGACUUGUUUUUAUGGAUUACUCUAACUAGCUUUUAUGUUUCUUUGAGAUAAAGAAUCUCCGCAGCAUGAUGCGUUACCUGGGAAUGGUAUGUUUAGGGUGAGGUUCAGUGUUUUCUGCCUCAGCUGAUACUCUUCAUGCGAAACAAAAGUGAAAUUUUGUCAAAUUUUCAACACUUACUGAAUGUCUACAGGACUAAACUUUAGACUUCUUUGUUCUUUCUUUUGCCAAUGGAGUUUUCUUUUUCCACUCUUUCUAUAAAGAGCAGGUUGGUGGAGAGCACAGCAGAGCUGUACCUUUGCCAUCUAUAGUAAGCACUACUUUUGUUAGUGUCAAGUAAAAUCUGAAAAAGUUCAGUUUAGUUUGGAAUACAAACUGUGAAAAGACCAAGGGGCACGAACCCUUCUGUAAGGCACUGAAAGAUAUCUGAUUCAGUCAAAGUUGGGUCAGUCUGUGAAUGAACUACUUGCUUUCUUGCAGCUGUAUGAUGGAUUAAAUAUGGUUAAAUGAAGAUACAAAUAAAGACUUGAAAUUGAACC